UAUGCAUGAAGUGAUUUUAAAUUUUAUUGUUUGCUUCUAUCAGACCUACUUGCUAUUUCGUCAAAUCCGUCCAAUCAAGAAGAUGGCUGCUCUGCUCGUUCUGCACAACAUUUUACUCUACUAUGUGAUUAAUAUGUUCAAGCAUUUGGCUCAGUCUUCGAUUGGGUCCACGGGUCCGGUGAACACCUUCUAUUAUGUGCCCUUUGUGUAUGAGACGCCAGCAGUUCGGGAAUCUGGCGAGGAUUGGCAUGUGGUGCUGACAACACCCCAAUGGCGGUUCUUCGAGUCACUUUUCCGGCACCAUUUGGCCCUGUUGCUGCCCUUCAAUCUGGCCCUGCUAGUGCCAAACUGCAAACGGACUUUAAUUAGCGCAUUGGUGUUGGCAUCCAACUGUCUGAUGUUCGUUUGCUUCACCUCGGCCAUCUGUCACUGGGUGUCGUUGUGCGGCGGUCUCUACGGGGGACUGCGACUGAUGCCAAUUGUGGUCCUGGGUCCGGUAUGCCAAAUGGUUUUGAUAGGCUUUUUCAUGGCCCGCAUCUGGCGAAGGCCUUGGAUUAUUAUUGAGGCAUGAAAUUUGAUUUAGGCAGAGCCUCAUCUACAUACUGGUGGGUGGUAGCCACCUUUGAGGCCAGCAGCCAUCAUAAUCAGCACCACAAAAGUUAGCAGCAGCAAAUCAAACCAAUAAACCAACUGAACCAAACCGAA